AUGUCCCGCGUUAACCAACAAUCUCAGAAGGCGACCAUUCAGCUUCCGAUUCCAGUCACCGUUCACGGUGCCUCUCCAAAGACUGUACCCCGCCCUACCCCUCCUUCAAUAUCAUGUUCCAAGGGGAAAACAUAUUUCUACCUGAAGGACAUAGACACGAUUCUGUUUUCGGCCACACAAACGGUUUGCCCGUUCUCCUCGGAAAUCGAACAAGAUUUCACACAUGACGAUCCCCACCUGGAAAACUUAUUCCAGCUGCGGUACGACUUGUCUCGCUAUAUCCAAAUAGCAGCCACUCCAGACGAUGCAGAGCUCAAAUAUACGGGUCCUCUCUUCCAAUGUCUCGCUACUAUCCACAUAGUCAGCUCAGGAUCGACAUACUCUCUCUCCGAGGAACAAAAGACCAGCUGGAAAUGGCUCGAGAACACCUUGUAUCACGCCGCAUCCACUUUCAGCGUCGAUUCUCUACUCCCGCUGGAGUUUGCUAUGUUACCCCUCCCUUCUUACUACGGCUAUCUGUGCAUUCACAAGAAACAAUGCCAUGCUCUUCGAUGCACCCGGAAUUCAAGACUCGCGUUCCAUAGUCUCGUAGGGUUGCUCAACCUAUUUUACGGGUGUGCUCUCGUACGAUACGAAUCUGGUAGAUCCGGCGAUCCUCGAUGCCCGCUCUCCCCAUCUGAGACCCUUUCUCAUUCUGGCCUCAGUCAGUCGCAUGUAUGCGACAUCAUCGAUGCAUUGCAGCCAGAGGCCCUUGGGAGAUGUGUUGGUGUUGUACUUGACCCUACUGCAUCCACGUUAGGCUCCAUACUUCCUUGGCUCAACCGCAUACGCGUCCCCAUAUGGAUCAUUACAGGAAUGUCGAUUACCUUACUUGAAUCCAAGUCGUUCAAAUAUUGUACCUUUGAUAUCAUCUGCCCUCAUGGUGACGAGAAGCUGCAGCUCCGUGCAUUGAUCAACAAGACGAUUGCAGCUGACAUCAAGCCAGGCCUGUCUACUAUCGAUCCCGAUAGUCUUCAUUGA